AACGCAUGGCAAUGUUGUGAAUAUUUGUUUUGGGGAAGAAAUCACUGUAAUCUUUCUUUAAAUAAACUUGUACAAUGGCACUGUUUGGUAUACAAGUUGUCCUAACCUUGAUGGUGGCAUUGUUUCUUCACAAAUUUUCACCAUAUAUGUCGCUGGCCACUUGGUUAUUAUGCAGUGGAUUGGUACGUCAUGUACCAUCCUCUGACACAGAGUUGAGAAAACUCCUUGGUAAAACACAAAGAACAAAGUCAAAUAAAGCUAAGCGUUCUGAUGCAAGGAAAAAGGAAGAAAAUAAUGGAGCAUCAAUUCAAUUUAUAUCUUCUGAGCCGUUAUCCAUACCUUGCAACAUGAACAUUCAACUGAGAACAGUGAAUGUUGAUGAAACAGAUUUGAUAUUUCAAUGUUAUUAUACAGAAUACAAGUGGCUCGUUGAUUUUGCUGUGUCUGCCGUGAUAUUCAAUAUCAUCAUCGAGGGGAUUUCGUGUUUAUUUCCCGCUCUUUACACGGGGGCAAGGACUAAGGGUUGUUAUGCUUUCCUUUACUCUACAUACAGACGUGUUUUGUUUCUGCUCACGGCUUCCUAUUGGUCGGGUGAUGAUUCAGGAGAAAAAUCUGUCUGCUUAACAUUUGGUGUUUUUUUCUUUUUUCUGGCGAUGGCCAUUUUGGUAGUCGACGAAUCUAUGUUGGAGUUCAAUUUGGACUCGGGUUACGAAAUAUUCUCUGAAGAAGCUGAAUUAUUUUUGAAGAAACAAGGAUUCACACGAGAAGGGGGAUCCGCUCCAAUAUGGAUUUUCAAACUCGCGCUCGCUGUUAUCUCGGGCAUUAUCGGAGCCUUCCUCGGCUUUCCUGGCAUUAGAAUAUCAAUAAUGUUCUUGGAUUUGAUAGAGCAAUACAAAUCUAACAGGUUGCUUCUUGUCCUUUUUUAUGUAAAUUUCUUCGCUCCUCUUUGUCUUGUUUUAUUGUGGAUCAAACCCUUGGCUCGCGAAUACUUCACGAGCAGAAAUAAUUCAUUUUCAGUAUCGGACUCAAACUUUGAUAACAUUCGCAUUGGAGUCAUCUUACUUUGUUGUCUUAUGCGGUUUUUCCUUACCAAAAUGCAUCUACAGGCUUUCUUAGACAUCGCCAAAGUUAAAGUGAAUAGAAUGAAAAGGGAAGCGGGCAGAACGAAUAGUUCUGCUUUGCAAAAAAAGAUUUUUAGUGUUUUUUAUUAUUUAUCUGUGGCUUCUCUUCAAUAUUUGACUCCAGUUAUCCUUUUGGUCUUUCUGACGAUAUCUUUAAGAACUGCAGGUACUACCGACUGGGAGUCGACCAAUGCUUUAAUGAAACGUCUUCAGAAAUCAAUGCUCGUUUCGAAUGUCACGGUGAACGCUGUUCAAAAUCUACGUCACGUGUUCGUGUCGGAACUUGUCAGAGCUGUGACGUCAUAUUUCACGUGGUGGAUAUGCCUGGCGAUGUUUAUGACGUCUGCUUUUGGUGUUGUCUAUCAUCAGGUGUUUUAUGUAUAGAUGUGUACAGUGACGGUAAGAAAUAUGGUUAUUUGUAUUGGAUUGGGAUGGAUUAUGUUGAAGUCGGAAGCUCUCGGCAGAAUUCGUAGGUAACCGACUUGUUGGCAAAUUUUAUCAUAGCUUACUCAAAUUUUAUCAAUCAUAGUCUGGGUAAUGCAGUAGCGCUCUGUAAUGUCCGACUGGCCAAUUUUGAGGAUUUUUGGCAAAUUAGAUUUUAUAGAUUUUGAAUACUAUCUGGACGAAUCGCCAUUCUAUAGUUAUGUUUUAUCAAUGAAUAUUGGAUGAUCAUCACAAUCAAUAUUACUUUUUUAUUGUGCUCAUCUACGUAACACAAA